AUGCACAGCGGGGAUCUAGAGAUUAUGAUCUCUGAAAACAUCAACAAGAAUGAGAAAAGCUGCAAGUCUGCCAGACAGAAGUUGGUGCUGUAUGUUGAUGACAGGGCUGGAUUUACCCCUGAAGGCCGAUUCACAAUGCUGAAAUAUGCCUGGAUAAUUCACUUCUGCAAUGAAAGCACACCAUUUGUAAUAGCUUUAUUGCUGCUGUCUAAUAUAACAUUAUCUUCAUGUUUUCUGGAUGUGUUCGUGGCUGCUGCAUCUGUGGUUCACACAUAUUUUGAAAGGGAUGAUUUGCUGCCUUUUGACUCUAAACGUUUGGAAGAAGAUUUAAGAGAAAACUUCUUUGGACAGCAUAUUGCAUCGAAUGUUAUACUAAGAGCUGUGUCGUCAUUUAUGACUGACAGCAAACCAAACAAACCGCUGGUCCUGUCUUUGCAUGGGACUACAGGAAUUGGAAAGAGUCAUGUUGCUAAAAUCAUCACAAGAAAUGUGUACAAAGAAGGGGAAAACAGCAACUAUGUUCACACAUAUACAGCUAUGUAUCAUUUCCCACACAGAGCAGAGUCAGACUUGUACAGUGCACAGCUAAAGCAGUGGAUUCAUGGAAAUGUAUCAAGUUUUCCCCGCUCCAUGUUCAUAUUUGAUGAAAUGGACAAGAUGCAUCCACAGCUGAUCGAUGCCAUAAAACCUUUUCUGGACUACAACGCCCGUGUAGAUGGAGUGUCAUUCCGCGAAGCAAUCUUCCUUUUUCUCAGUAAUGCAGGUGGGAAUGUGAUUGCUGAAGUGGCUCUGGAUUUCUGGAGAAGAGGCAAAAUUCGGGAAGAGCUACGGAUGAACAGCAAGGAAUUGGAGUUUAAAAUCUCUCAAAACAUCUUCAAUGAUAAGAACAAUGAAGUGGCCAAAGACAUGCCUUACUACCCUGAAGAAGAGGAAAUUUUUGCUGUUAAAGGCUGUAAGUCUGUCAGACAGAAGUUGGCCCAGUGUAUUGAUUUUUAGCAGAACAUGUUGUCCAGUUUACUGACACCAGUUGAACAGCAAU